GGGCCCCGGCGGCUGCGGUGCUGUCUCCUUACCCUGAGCUCUCGGCCCGUGCGGCUCCAUCCAGAGCUCUCCGGAAACCACUGAAUUCUGUGUAUCCACAGCGCUUCUUCCCUCCCCGUGCGACGCCCCAGCGCUUGCAUGGGGAAGGCAAGGGGCUCCCAACCUGUACCUUCUUAUUCUGCAAGCAAAAAUCCCGCUGUAGAUACCCAGGGUGCUCCGGGCCUCCCGCCCAAUACCGGGGGAGCCGGGAGGCGUCCCAGCUUUGGCUGCAGCCAUCGCGUCCACCCGAGGCCGCCUCCUUGCUGGCCGGCUUUGCUGCUGCGCCCAUCCUCCUGUGUGUGCCGAUGCUGCGCUGCCGUGUGCCCACAUCCCACCCUGUGCUGUUACCACCUCUGGUCCCAUCCAGCCCCACCACCGCGCUCCCAUCGCCCCCCGUACCCCGCCACGCUCCCCAGUCCCUCCUCAUGGUCUCUCUGCAUUCUGACACAAGCAUCUCAUUGCCCCCACCCUUCAUCCUCAGCUCCCCGCAGCCCCCCGUCACCCACAUUGCACCCCCUGUGCCCACCCUGGCAUGAGUGAGCGCCCUCUGGUUACCAGACUUUCUCGCAUGCUCACGCACAGAGGCGGUCCUGCACCUCAGACGUGCGGCAGCCACUGCUGCUCUGCAGUCCCCCGUGCUCUGCGUGCAUCUCGUCCUCGCCUGCUGCUCUGCAGUGCCCGGAUCUCGGAGCCGUGUGGGAGCCAAGUGUGUUCCCCACAACCCCAACCUUCCUUCGUGCUGCUUCUGUUCCAUCAGCCCACGCCUGGCGAGGCGGCACGGCCGCGUCCUGUGGGCGCUCUGCAUCGCUGCAUGGCCGCAGCCCUGUGCCCUGCAGACUGCCACAAACCCUGCAGAGCACUGGGAUUUCUGCAGACCACCCACCCACCCUUCCGCCCCUCGCGCUGCUUCUGCAGGGCCGCCCCGCUGUGCUGUGGGAAUGCCCAUGGGGCUUCCUGCGGGAACGCCGUGGGGCUUCUGUGCUGUUGCUCCAUCGGCCGCGCGCCCCACGCUGUGCUCUCCUGCUGCAUGUCCCACACCUGUCACUCAUGCGCUGUCCUGCGUGCCGCAGCUCGUCGUGCUGCAAACCCCUGCACCUCUGCAGGUUCAGCCGAGGCUGCCCAGCUUGGUUCUGCAGCCCGGCACCUGCACCCUGCUCCCACCUCCUCCAUCCCCAUCCCCAUCUCCAUCCCUAUUCCAUCAUCUCCAUCCCUAUUCCCAUCCCUAUUUCCAUCCCCAUUCCGAUCCCUGUCCACAUUCCCAUCCCUAUCCCUAUCUCCAUCCCUAUUCCAUCAUCUCCAUCCCUAUUCCCAUCCCUAUUUCCAUCCCCAUUCCGAUCCCUGUCCACAUCCCCAUCCCCAUCCCCAUCUCCAUCCCUAUUCCAUCAUCUCCAUCCCUAUUCCCAUCCCUAUUUCCAUCCCCAUUCUGAUCCCUGUCCACAUUCCCAUCCCCAUUCCCAUCUCCAUCCCUAUUCCAAUUCCCAUCCCUAUUCCCAUCCCCAUUCAGAUCCCUGUCCACAUUCCCAUCCCCAUCCCCAUCUCCAUCCCUAUUCCAUCAUCUCCAUCCCUAUUCCCAUCCCUAUUUCCAUCCCCAUUCCGAUCCCUGUCCACAUUCCCAUCCCCAUCCCCAUCUCCAUCCCUAUUCCAAUUCCCAUCCCUAUUCCCAUCCCCAUCCCCAUCCUUAUCCCCAUUCCCAACCCCAUCCCCAUUUCCCUUCUCCCCACUCCUGCAGGUAACGCAGACCCCGGCAGCCCCCACCCCAGGGAGCAGCGCAGUCCCGCUGCCCGGCACCCCCCCGGCACAGCCCUGAGCCCCCGCUGCUCGGUGCACAGGUUGGAGUGUUCCGUGUUGCCCUGAGUGCAGGCAGCUCCUCCGGCCCCGUCCGAGGAGUUCGGGUCUCUGCCCCUUCCGCAGCUGCUUCUGGGGCGACCCCCAGAGACCCCCGCCUGCAGCCGCCCCUCUCCGCGAGGGGCCAGAAGACUGCAGAGCGAAACUAUUCUGCAGGACGUUCGGUCUGGGACCGGGAAGCUGAACGCCUUCUUGCCAUUUCCAAAGAGCCUUCCUUACCCUCCUGCUGCCCCGUCCUCCCCCCGGGCCUGGAGAUGGACGGUGGGCACACAGUUCUGCCUGGCGCCCGCGCCGCCGUGUGCCCCCCAGCUCCCACCGUGCCAAGCAGCUGCAGCCGUACCUGUGUUGGACAACACUGCGUGACCGCGGGGCACGGCCCUGCGGCACCACGGCUCGUCCCAGUCAGGAGAACACAAAAGAAGGCGACACCCAACCGUGGCUGUGCCACCGCCCCCUCCCCGCGGCUGCUCGGGUCUGCGCCAAGCCCUGCUUCCAGCACAGCACCUCCUCAGUGCCCAUCCCUUCCAUGUGCACGUCCCCCCAUCUCAGUGCCCAUCCCUUCCAUGCCCUCACCCAACCAUCUCAAUGCCCAUCCCUUCCGUGCCCUCACCCCCCAUCUCAGUGCCCACCCCUCCAUGCCCCAUCCUCCCAUCUCAGUGCCCACCCCUCCAUGCCCUCACUCCCCCAUCUCAAUGCCCAUCCCUUCCGUGCCCUCACCCCCCAUCUCAAUUCCCAUCCCUUCCAUGCCUUCACCCCCCCCAACACUCAUCCCUUCCAUGCCCACGUCCCCCCAUCUCAGUGCCCACCCCUCCAUGCCCCAUCCCCCCAUCUCAAUGCCCAUCCCUUCCAUGCCCUCACCCCCCCAUCUCAGUGCCCAUCCCUUCCAUGCCCUCAUCCCCCCAUCUCAAUGCCCAUCCCUUCCAUGUCCACAUCCCCCCAUCUCAGUGCCCACCCCUCCGUGCCCCAUCCUCCCAUCUCAGUGCCCAUCCCUUCCGUGCCCUCAUCCCCCCCGUCUCAGUGCCCAUCCCUUCCAUGCCCUCAUCCCCCCCGUCUCAGUGCCCACCCCUUCCAUGUCCACAUCCCCCCAUCUCAGUGCCCACCCCUUCCAUGCCCUCCCCCCCCCAUCUGAGUGCCCACGGCCGGAUGCACACGGAGCUCCAUGAGCAUGGGCUCAGGGCUUUGGAGACGGCCCCGCACAGCCCCCCAGGAGCAGUGAGUGUGGAUCGGCCCCAACAGCGGUCGCAUCCCACGAUCAUUUCUGGUCCCACCCAGACAGAACGCACCGUUCCAGCUCACGCAGCUGCUGCUACUUAACCUUUAUGUUUGUUUUUUUUCUCAGCUGAAGCAAAGAGGAUUUUUUUUCCCAUGUGUAGAUAGCUCUUUUCUGACUUUAGAUCGACUCUGAUGGCAUUGGCAUCUCCACCCCGAGCAUCCCGGACCCAGUGAGAGCUUCGCUUUGACAAGCCAUUCAGGAGGAGGCCGAGCGCGCGGCGCCCGCUGCCCUCACUGUGAUGCUCAUGGCUUCUCGACAUUGGGUUACUUCUGUACAAAGGGAGACACUUUUGGGUUGGUUUUUUUUCCUUUUUUUUUUUUUUUUCCUUUCUUUUUUUCUGGCUUUGAAGGGAAUUUUUAAGAAAAAAAAAAAAAAAACAGUUGUUGGUAUUUUUUUCCUUUGUCCAAACAAAAUCCAUCGAUCCUCAUUCUUCAUUACCCCUCCUCUGUAACUCUGACGUUAGGAGAAAAGGAACCAAAACCCAACGCGCUUUGUGACUGAUGGCCAUGGGCAGCCAAAGGCAGUGUGCUUUGUGGCUGAUGGCCAUGAGCAACUGAACCCAAUAUGCUUUGUUACCGAUGGCCAUGGGCAGCCCAAGCCAACAUGCUUUGUUACCGAUGGCCAUGGGCAGCCAAAGCCAAUGUGCUUUGUUACCGAUGGCCAUGGGCAACUGAACCCAAUAUGCUUUGUUAUCAAUGGCCAUGGGCAGCCCAAGCCAAUGUGCUUUGUUACCGAUGGCCAUGGGCAACUGAACCCAAUAUGCUUUGUUACCGAUGGCCAUGGGAAACUGAACCCAAUAUGCUUUGUUACCAAUGGCCAUGGGCAGCCCAAGCCAAUGUGCUUUGUUACUGAUGGCCAUGGGCAACUGAACCCAACGUGCUUUGUUACCAAUGGCCAUGGGCAGCCAAAGGCAGUGUGCUUUGUGGCUGAUGGCCAUGGGCAACUGAACCCAAUAUGCUUUGUUACUGAUGGCCAUGGGCAGCCCAAGCCAAUGUGCUUUGUUACCGAUGGCCAUGGGCAACUGAACCCAACGUGCUUUGUUACCAAUGGCCAUGGGCAGCCCAAGCCAAUGUGCUUUGUUACCGAUGGCCAUGGGCAACUGAACCCAAUAUGCUUUGUUACUGAUGGCCAUGGGCAGCCCAAGCCAAUGUGCUUUGUUACUGAUGGCCAUGGGCAACUGAACCCAAUGUGCUUUGUUACCGAUGGCCAUGGGCAGCCAAAGCCAACGUGCUAUGUGGCUGAUGGCCAUGGGAAACUGAACCCAACGUGCUUUGUUACCGAUGGCCAUGGGAAACUGAACCCAACGUGCUUUGUUACCGAUGGCCAUGGGCAACCAAAGCCAAUGUGCUUUGUUACUGAUGGCCAUGGGAAACUGAACCCAAUGUGCUUUGUUACCGAUGGCCAUGGGCAACUGAACCCAACGUGUUUUGUUACCGAUGGCCAUGGGCAACUGAACCCAAUAUGUUUUGUUACUGAUGGCCAUGGGCAGCCCAAGCCAACGUGCUUUGUUACUGAUGGCCAUGGGCAACUGAACCCAACGUGCUUCGUUACCAAUGGCCAUGGGCAACUGAACCCAACGUGUUUUGUUACUGAUGGCCAUGGGCAACUGAACCCAACGUGCUUUGUUACCAAUGGCCAUGGGCAACUGAACCCAACGUGUUUUGUUACUGAUGGCCAUGGGCUGCCAAACCCAACAUGCUUUGUUACCGAUGGCCAUGGGCAACUGAACCCAACGUGUUUUGUUACUGAUGGCCAUGGGCAACUGAACCCAACGUGCUUCGUUGCCGAUGGCCAUGAGCUCUGGCAGCAGCACAGUGCGUCCCGGUUUGAUUCCUGCAGCACACGUGCAUCCCCCAUUGCUGGCAUGCCUGUAGACAUGUGCGUAUGUACCCACACACACACACACGGCCCCCGGGCACGUGCACACUCUACACGGACUCUGCAUGUGCAUCGACACGCUUGCACCUCGCACACGCGUGCGUGGAGCCGCAGGCGCACGUCCCACCUCCACACUCGUUCCCUCCCGGCCGAACUCACCUGUGGGUUUUUGUUCUGUUUUUAAUUUUACAGGGUCAGUUUGACUUCACCCUUAUUUUGUAUGGAUUUUUGGAGGAGAUUUCUCCUUCUCCAGAGUCAUGGAGGUGUGGCCAUUCGCCUCCCGCCCUUGACGUUGUGAUACACAUACCCCACAGAGAUCUAUGUUUCUUAUAUUAUAUUAUUAUUAUUAUUAUUAUGUAAUAAAUUUAUAAGAAAGCUUCA